CUGAAACAGACGGAGACCUUAAUUCUUCCCUCUUUUGAAAAGAAGUGUAGGAUUGUUGCCUUGGGGACUGCAGGCUUUGUAGACAUGGAAGAUGCGAUGAAGGAAUGCUCACUACAGCCAGUCAAGCGUGCCAAGCUGAUACAGGUAGAAGGAGUGGCUUUACCUGACUGGAUACUGGAUAUGUGGGAAGGUGUGAAAAAAUUCCAGGCUUAUCCAGAUGACUUGCUUAUUGCCACAUAUCCAAAAGCAGGUACAACAUGGAUACAGGAGAUUGUUGAUAUGAUUCUCAAUGAAGGUGAUUUGGAGAAAUGUCAGCGUGCCCCAACUCAUGAGAGAAUCCCCUUCCUGGAAUGUAAUGAGAUGCCUCCAUAUCCAUCUGGCCUUGAUAUGAUUGCUGCAAUGACACCCCCAAGGGUAAUAAAGACUCAUCUCCCAUUCCAACUUGUUCCCCAGUCUUUCUGGGAGCAGGACUGUAAGGCUAUCUAUGUGGCUCGAAAUGCAAAGGAUAACCUUGUAUCCUUCUUCUUCUUUGACAAAAUGUGCCGAGACCAGCCAGACCCUGGAACAUGGGAUGAGUAUUUCUGGAAAUUUCUCUCUGGGCAAAUCUCCUGGGGCUCCUGGUAUGACCAUGUGAAGGGCUGGUGGAAACACAAGGACAAACAGCGUAUCCUUUAUCUUUUCUAUGAGGACAUGAAAGAGGACCCAAAGCGAGAAAUAAAAAAAGUGAUUCAUUUCUUGGAAAAGGACCUGCCAGAUGAAGUUGUGAACAAGAUUGUUUAUCACACCUCAUUUGAAAUUAUGAAGAACAAUCCCAUGGCUAAUUACAGUUUUGUGCCUGACCAGGUGUUUAACCAGUCUGUCUCUCAAUUCAUGAGGAAAGGAGCAGUUGGAGAUUGGAAAAACCACCUUACUGUCGCUCAGAAUGAAAUCUUUGAUGCAGACUACAGAGAUAAAAUGGCUGAUAUGACGCUCUCAUUCCGCAAUGAGCUUUAAUCCUUAAUGUUUUAUGAAGUUUAUGCUGUUCUGUUGAUAAUGAGAACAAAUAAAAAGCUGAUUUGUGAGGAAA